AUGUUAACAAUCAACACCAAAUCAGUCGAGGAAAAGAAACAAAUCCUCAACAAAGAAGCCUACAGAAAAUCCAUCCAAGAUCGCAUCGCCAAAAUCCCCAUUGAAAAUUAUAGGAACUUUAGCAUAGUAGCCCAUGUUGACCACGGCAAAUCAACCCUCUCUGACCGGCUCUUGGAGCUCACGGGUGUGAUCCAGCCUGGUUCUAAUGCCCAGGUUCUUGACAAGCUCGAUGUGGAGCGGGAACGAGGCAUCACCGUCAAGGCCCAGACCGUGUCUAUGAUCUACAAUAGACAAGGACAAGACUACUUGUUGCAUUUGGUGGAUACGCCAGGCCAUGUAGAUUUUCGUGCUGAAGUAAGUCGAAGUUAUGCCUCGUGCGGUGGGGCACUCUUGCUCGUGGAUGCAUCCCAAGGAGUGCAGGCGCAAACAGUGGCUAAUUUUUAUUUGGCGUAUAGUAUGGGGUUGAAGUUGAUUCCUAUAAUCAAUAAGAUUGACCUCGACCUGGCGGAUAUCCCGCGGGCCAUGGACCAGGUGGAAGGAACAUUUGAGUUACCUCGAGAGGAUUGUAUUGCCGUGAGCGCCAAGACCGGGUUGAAUGUGGAACAAAUUAUCCCUAGUGUUAUCGACAACAUUCCUUCUCCUGAGGGUGAUGCCAGCAAACCACUCAAGGCUUUGCUUGUUGACUCCUGGCACGACACAUACGUGGGUGUAGUCAUGCUUGUCUUUGUUGUGGACGGGAAAUUGAAAAAGGGAAUGAAGAUCCUUUCCGCUCACUCCAACAACACAUACGAGGUCAAAGAAGUAGGGAUAAUGUACCCUGACAGAAUGCCCAUGGAUGAAAUCAAGGCAGGACAAGUUGCCUAUGUUAUCCCCGGAAUGAAGAACCCCAGGGAGGCACUUGUUGGUGACACAUUCUUCCAAUCAGGUAAAUCGCAAGGACUUGAGCCAUUGCCUGGGUUUGAAGAACCAAAACCGAUGGUGUUUGUCGGUGCGUUCCCUGCCGAAGGUGUUGAAUUCAAAGUUAUGGAUGACCAAAUGCAGAACUUGGUGUUGAAUGAUAGAUCGGUCCAUUUGGAAAAGGAAACCUCGAAUGCUUUAGGUCUAGGUUGGAGAUUAGGAUUCCUAGGAUCAUUGCAUGCUUCUGUGUUUAAGGAGAGAUUAGAGAAGGAAUACGGUGCCAAGAUUAUCUUAACUGCCCCAACUGUGCCUUACAAAGUAGUGUACAAAGACGCAACGGAAGAGAUUGUCAGCAAUCCUGACCAAUUCCCCGACGUGAACGAACGUGCGAAAGUUGAUUGUUUUAUGGAACCGUACGUAGAGGCAAUCAUGACCCUUCCUGGUGAAUAUCUUGGUAAUGUCCUCACAUUAUGUUUAAACAAUCGAGGAAUACAAAAGGAUUUGGAGUACUUGAAUACUGGUCAGGUCCUACUUAAAUUUGAGAUCCCCACAGCACAACUAGUGGAAGAUUUCUUUGGCAGUUUAAAAGGGUGCACUAAAGGGUAUGCUUCUCUCGAUUAUGAAGAAGCUGGGUAUAAGAAGUCCGAUAUUGUCAAGAUGGAGCUUUGUGUCAAUGGAAUUGCUCAAGAUGCAUUGACCACGAUUGUCCAUCGUGAUCAAGCUCAGUCCAAGGGGAAAGAGUAUGUUUCCAAAUUCAAAAAGUACUUGAAGAUGCAAUUGUUUGAAGUUGCCAUCCAGGCUAAAGUUGGUGGGAAAGUCGUGGCUCGUGAAACUGUCAAAGCACGCAGAAAGGAUGUUACCCAGAAAUUGCAUGCUGCUGAUAUAUCCCGAUACAAGAAGUUAUUAGAACGUCAAAAGGAAGGAAAGAAACAAAUGAAAGCAGAUGGACGAGUCAGCAUUGGUAACGAUGCAUACCAAGCAUUCUUGCGAAAAGAUUAG